UCAUUUAGAUCAGUUUCGUUGUUUCAUCAAAGAAAGUGUUUCAUUUAAAAGAAAAUUCUUUCUAUGAGUGACAUAACUAGCAGUUUAUACAUAUUGCUGGACGUAUUUAUUUGGCGUCGGGUGCUAGAAGCAUAUUUCUAAAACGGUGAUUACAGUCAAUCUGUAUGCAACUGCUACGCGUUACCUCGACUAUGUCUUACCAAGGAUCACCAUAUUCGGGGCCGGGAGAUGAAUACGAUUUUGAAGACGACGGGUACGACGACUUAGACGAAUACAGGGACCCAGAAGAUUCAUUACCCCAGCCACCAAUGGAUGACAGUGAUGAAGACACAGAAGAGGCCAGUGAGACUGACAUCCCCAACCACGAUGAACCAAUUGAAAUUAAAGAACAGAUGUAUCAGGAUAAACUGAUUAAUUUAAAGAAACAGCUUCAACAGUUAGAGGAGAACAUACACCCAGAGUAUUUAAGAAGAGUUAAGAGGUUGGAGCACCAGCUACAUGAGCGUUUACGUCUGAACAGGAUACACAGGGAACACAUGUAUGAAGUUGUAGACAGGGAAUACAUAGCAGAGAAGAAAGCAGCUGCAAAAGAGUUUGAGGAGAAAAAGAUAGAGUUGAGAGAGAACUUGUUGAAUGAUUUUGAGGAGAAGAGAAAAUUAAUAGAGAGUGAAAGACACAGUAUGGAAUUAAAUGGAGAUUCUAUAGAGGUCAAGCCACCGAUGAAAAGAAUCCUCCGAAGGCGAGCAAAUGAGCCAGCGCCGGCGCCUGAGAAGCGUCGUAAACCACUCACAACGACACUCACCUUUCAACUGGAUGAUAGAGAUGUUGAUGCUGACCUACGAGCAAUCUCCAGAAGUUCUCCGCCUACACGACAUCACACCCCCUCACACAACUCACAGCCGAGGAAACAUCUCAAUUCUAGUAAUAGCUGCGAGUCCCCGGCGCGCGAGGCGGGCGAGGCGGAGGCGCGCGUGGAGGACGGCAAGCUGCUGUACGAGCGGCGCUGGUUCCACCGCGGCCAGAGCGUGUACGUGGAGGGCCGCGACCUGCCGCGCUUCCCCGCGCACAUACACUCCAUCACCGACGACGCGAUCCACGUAAAAAGAGCGAAUUCAGAGCGAGUGAGAAUAUACGUGUCUCAGCUAGCGAGGGGUAAAGUGACGUUAAAGAGACGUGCGCCGUAA